CCUUUGCUCGCUCUGGAAACUUGCCCAGCCCUAGCCCUAGCCCUGGCCCCAACGCGGAUCACCACAAAGUCGGCAUCGUGCCUUGAGUGAGCCUUUUCCAGGUGUCAGGAUGAAGAGAUUAACUUGGGGUGACACUCUGGCUGCCAACUGGCCCCAGAUAAGAUAAGGGUGGAGAUCAGCGCAAUAAAUAGGCCCCAACCUCACUCUUGGCCCAGGCCACCGUUGGCUGAGGUCAUACCUAACCUCACAAGCAGCAUGGCUCUGCACCUGUGGAUGGUCACCCUGACCUUGGCUGCCUUCCUUGCCAUGGACAGGGGGGUGCAGGUGGGAGCACAGAGGAUAAUUUCCCCGAAAAUGCCCAUCUGUGAGCACAUGGCAGAGUCUCCAAAGUGUCCCCAGACACCUAAACCGAUCUGCGGCACGGAUGGGGUGACAUAUAGAAAUGAAUGCCAUCUCUGCGUGACCCGGAUAAAAACCCAACAGGACAUCCAGAUCAAGAAGGAUGGCAAGUGCUGAGCCCAGAGGUGCACUCAAGCCGUGCAACCUCGAGCUGGAGAACGCGAUGCUCCAGAGGCUAUGGUGGGAAAUAAAAGAUGCAGCCCAAGCCGGUGAAGUGGACCAGUCUCUGGGAACUCUGGGGAGGAGGUGGCAGCUAAGGACAGACUCAGCCUUGCUAGCCCUCCCAACUAAAUCUGUUAUCUGCUACCCUGGUCCUCAACCUUGUCACAGGUCCCAAUAGAGCCCUCAGUUACCUUCCGUCUGCUAGAGGUCAGACUCUGACCCCAGGACACUGCCCAGUGCCCCACCUACCUCAGGCCAAGAACUUAAAGAGAUAAGCAUCCUGAACUGCCGAGUGUGGAUCAGUGGCACCUGAAUCCAUGCACGGAUUUCUUCUGGGCUGACUGGCGCUUGGAGGCAGACUGACAGACAGACAGACAGACAGACACACACACACAACACACACACACACACACACAAGCUUGACAAGGCAUGGCAGGCAUACAGGCAGUAUUUACUGUACAAUUGAACUGCUUCUUAUAUCAAACUAUUUUGUUUUUUGGAUUGAAACUGUCUUAAAUGUGGAACCCAGGCUGGCUUUAAACUCUCAGGCCUCCUGCCCCAGCCUCCUGAGCGCUACAAACUAGGUGUUUAUUAGUAAACAUUCAAAACUGAGCAAUGUUCCAUGCUCUGUUCCUGCACAGCUCACCCAGAGAGCCCUGGAUCUCAGGUCCAGGCUCAUGUCAGCUCCUAGCAUAGCAGAGUGACUGGAAGACCCUCCCUGCCCAAGUUAAUAUCUACUUUGACUGGCUGAAAUUAGACAUGAUCAUAUAGGCACAUACAUCCCAGAAAUCCCAGAUACUCCAGCCCAGUGGGUCUCAAUGGUGCGACCCUUUAGUACAGUUCCUCAUGUUCUGAUGACUCCCCCAACCAUAAAAUUAUUUUCAUUGCCGUGUCACAA